UUUAAUUCGUUUUUUUGGUAGAAAUAAAAUUUUUUUUUUUACUUGAUUAAAAUAAUUGUAAUUGAUAAAUGGUACAGUUAACUUUAUCACCCCAGCACAAUAAAUGGAAUAUUGGAGACAGAGUUCAAGUAAAUUGUUGUAAAGAAGAAAUAUAUGAUCUGCAAGAUGGACAUGGUGGUUGGAGUCAUGAAAUGGAGGAAUCAUUCACAAAUCUUGGUGUAGUAAGUGGAUUUAAUGAUGAUGGAGAUAUUGAAGUUUCUUAUCCUAGUGGGAACAGAUGGAUAUUCAAUCCAUUUGUUUUUGAAACCAGAAAAACAAUUUCUGCAACAAAAAAAAUAAAGUCAUCUGAUGUUAAAUCAAAUUUAGCUCUACAAGAUAAUUCAGUUGAAACUGUAUCUCAGAUGGUUGGUUACUGGAAACCUGGUGAUUUUGUGGAAAUAAUAAUUGAUCCAAAAUCUUUAAAAAAAUUUCAAGUUGGUCAUGGUGGAUGGGACAACAGUAUGCAAGAAGCAUUAGAAAAUGUUGGUACUGUUAUAGGUUAUGACGAAGAUGAUAAUUUAGAAGUUUCAUACCCAAGUGGAAACAGAUGGAUAUUUAAUCCUGUAGUGUUUACUUCAUUUAAUGCUGAGGACAUUAAACAAAGGACGAUCUUUUCUGCUUUUAGUGCAAUUAACAAUGCAGAAAUUUUAAAUUUCAAUGCUAAAGAUGGAGGUGUACAUAAUUGUAAAGCAUGUUUAGAAACACCUGAAUUCAUUUUAAAGCCAUGUUAUCAUCUUGCAAGAUGCGCUGAUUGUGCUCAUCUUGAUGAAAGUUGUGCAAUUUGCAAACAGUAUGUAGAAGAAACAAAAAAGUUAGGCGAAUUAAUGUGUGAGCUAUGCGAUGAGAAGGCUGCAGCCAUACUAUUUAAGCCCUGCAAUCAUCUGGUUUUAUGCAAUGGAUGUUCUCGCAAAAGUAAAAAGUGUACGAUUUGUAAAGAAGUUAUAAAUGAGAAGAUUACUAUUCUUUUGCAAGAUGAUAAUGAUCAAAUUGAUACAAUGAAGGUGAAAGAAAUGGAAAAACAACUGAAAGAAUUACAAGAGCAGCAAAGUUGUAAUGUUUGUAUGGAUCGUCCGAAGAAAAUAGUUUUUAAACCAUGUGGACAUUGUUUGUGUCAAGAAUGCUGCGAGCAAGUAAAUCAGUGUCCAAGUUGCAGACGAGAUAUUGAAGAAAGACUUCCGUUUUAUCUUUAGUUACCGCACUUCAUACUAAUGCUUUUUUUUUUUAGGAUUUUUUUUUUUAGUUUUAUGUUAACUUUUUUAAGUUUGCAGAAUUUAUUUGUAUCAAGUUUUUUCGUUUGUCUGAAGUGUUUUUCUUUUUAAAGGUUUUUGUACAAGAAAAAUUUAUAUAUUUUUUUAAGUCUAUCAAAUAAAAUAUUAUUAGUUGAAAAUUUCAUAAAACAGAUUUAAUUUAGACGGCGUAGCUUUUAUUCUCUUUACAUUUCUUUUAGCUGGGAUCUCGGAAGCUUUUUUUUUUUCAUUUUUUGAGAAAUGAAAGUCGUUAAUGCAAAGUUAGUCCUGAAAGCUGAUCUGUUCUUUGUUUAACUAUAUUAAAUAUAGUUAAACAAAGUACUACUACUUUGUGGUACUGUGUGGUACAUUGUAACGAUUGAAGCAUUCAAAGGAAAUGUGCUAAGGUUUUGAAUGGCCAUUUUAUUAGUUUUUUGACACCUGACUAUUUAGUUUUCCUACAUUGUGACAAUAAAAAGCACGACAAUUA